AUGCUUUUGAGGUUUGAGCGGAUUGGAGGCCUUGAAGACCUUCAACAAGCCAUCAAGAAUGGCGAAGAGGCACUGGCCGCCACCCCUCAAGGCCAAUCGAAUCGAGCACUCAUGCACAAUAACCUGGGUUCCUGGUUAUCUACAAGGUUUGGGCGGAUUGGAGACCUGGGAGACCUUCAAAAUGCCAUCAAGCACGGCGAAAAGGCACUAGCUGCGACACCUCAAGACCACCCCGAUCGAGUAGCCAUGCACAGUAACCUAGGAAAAUGGCUAUCUAUGAGGUUUGACCGGACAGGAGACCUUGGAAACAUUCAAAAAGCCAUCAAACACGGCGAACUAGCACUAGCUGCCACCCCUCAAGACCACCCCGUUCGAGCUGUCAUUCACGACAACCUGGGUUCUUGUUUAUCUAUGAGGUUUGAACGGAUAGGAGAUCUUGGAGACAUUCAAAAAGCCAUCCAGCACGGCGAAAAGGCACUAGUUGCCACCCCUCAAGAUCACCCUGAGCGAGCAGCUAUGCACAAUUCUCUGGGGUGCGUGUUCUUCCGAAAGUUUGCGCGGAUAGGAGACCUUGGAGACCUCCAAAAAGCUAUUGAGCAACACGAAAAGGCAGCCGCGACUACUCCUCGAGAUCACCCGCACUAUUCAUCUAUGUGCAGUGCUUUGGCUGCACUUUUGGGAUCAACAUUCCCACCGCUACAAUCCCCUCUAGACUUCAACAAAAGCCUCCGCCUAUACCACGAGGCAUACCAUUGCCGCACCUCACCACCCAGGAUGCGGAUUCACGCGGCUCGCAGGGCAGCGGCCUUACUAUAUUCAGCUAGAAAAUUUCCCGAAUCAAGUUCCAUACUCGAGGGUGCAGUGAACUUGAUGCCAAGUGUUGAUCUCCGAUUCCUCAGCCGAGAUGACCAACAGCACAUAUUAUCUAAAACCUUUGGGCUAGCAUCCGUUGCCGCUUCUAUGGCCCUUCAGGCAGGAAUAGAUGCCUAUCAUGGUCUGAAGCUACUAGAACUUGGACGUGGAAUAAUAAUAGGCUUUUCAAUCGACGCAAGAUCUGAAGUUUCCGAUCUAAAAACCGACCACCCCCUCAUAUUCGCCCAAUUUAACAGCCUUCGGGUUGAGAUUGACUCGCCUGUAGAUAGCAUCAAUUACGCAAGUGACGAAACAACCGGGCAACGCCAAACACGUGCGAUAUCUAGACGUUAUGAGGCUGUCACUGAGAUGGAAGAAAUUCUAAAGCACAUCCGCAGUUUACCUGGCUACGACGAAUUCCUGCUCCCCCCUCCCCAGGAUGCGUUAAUGAAGAUGGCAGCAAAUGGUCCCAUUGUUGUCUUCAACAGCACCACCUAUAGGAGUGAUGCCAUAAUUGUGACCACCUCAGCUAUAACUUCUUUAGAACUUCCGAAAUUGAGCUACGACGAAUCAUUCAGCCGCAUGACACAAUUGGCUAGUUUUGGAGGAGGAUCCCCAUUUAAGCGGGGUCAGGAUGCCAAAAGGAUGAAAGACCUCCUCCUUUGGUUAUGGGAUGUAGCAGUAGGACCAGUUUUUGACCACCUUGAAGGCAGCGGCACCUUUACCAGUGAUGGUAAUGGUGAAAGCAAAUUGAAGCGGAUCUGGUGGAUUGGGGUAGGCCAGUUAGGUAUGGCACCUUUCCAUGCUGCUGGGGACCAUUCGCCAGGGUCCACACGCAACACAUUCAGUCGAGCCAUCUCAACAUAUAUCCCCACAAUCAGAGCCCUCUCUUAUGCACGCCAAAAACGGCUCCAGCUUUUUGAGGAAUGUGAUGCUUCUUUUCCGGCUGGGCGCUCCGGGAGAGCGGGGAUUCUCGGAGAACGGGGUCCCCGCUUACUUCUCGUUCCGAUGCCGGAAACACCAGGUGCGACGGAGCUACCGGGAGUCAGUAAAGAAGUCCUACAUAUACUGGAUUCCUCAGCCAAUAGUUCAAUUGAAACCACCCUAAUGAGCAACCCAACCCCGGCCGAGGCCCUCGAGAGAAUUGAGGACCACGAAAUUGUCCACUUCGCCUGCCAUGGAGUGUCUUGUCUCAACCCCUCAGACAGCCACCUAGUUCUGUUCAACAAGGACGGGACCAGUGCUAGUAAGCUCACGGCCCGAGAUAUAUCCACUUUAGUUACGCAAAAUGCACAGAUUGCAUACCUUUCCGCCUGCUCCUCAGCCAAAAACCCUUCCGCUAAGUUAGCCGACGAAGUAAUACACCUAGCGAGUGCAUUCCAGCUGGCGGGAUUCAGCCACACUUUUGCAAACAUGUGGGAAACAGACGACCAAGCCUCAAGUGAAGUUGCGAGAGACUUCUACAACCUGCUUUUACAAGAUCGAGGAAACUACGAAGACGACCACCAGCGCGUCUCAACCGCUUUUCACAAAGCUGUAAAGAAAGUUCGAGAUGCUAAGCCAGGCAACCCGCUCCUAUGGGCCCCCUUCAUACAUACAGGUGCC